AGAAUGGCAUCCAACAACAAUUUCCUUCACGAAAUAUCCUAAAUAUCAACUCAACCAUAUGAAUUAUGCAUAUUACAGAAAAAUACUACUAAGUGCUUAUAAGGUGGAUUAAAAGCUGGUUACCAAUAUUCUUUAAUUUUUCAAUUUGUUUUCCAGCAUUUAUUUCUACUAAUGAUUUUUAACUUUUAACUUUUUCAUACUAAAAAAACCAUUGAAAUACCAAACCAACUUACUAACUCUCUAAUUAUAUAUUGCUCCAACCAUCUCUCUUGAGUUCAACACACCACUUUAUUUUUUCUCUUUUUGGAUAUUAUUAUCUAUUUUCAUCAAACAAAGUGAGAGAAUGGAAAGUGUGAAAAAGUGGUUCAUGUCUUCUCAAGCUUUUCUAAGCAUGCUUUUAGUGCAAAUUUUUGCAACUGGAAUGCAACUUUUGUCGAGGAUCAUUUUGGUUCAGGGUAGUUUCAUUUUUGCACUCACUACCUAUAGAUAUAUUGUUGCUGCUGUUUCUAUUGCUCCAUUUGCACUCUAUUUUGAAAGAGGACUUGCCAAGAAGUUCAAUUGGAGGAUUUUGUUGUGGCUUUUCAUUAAUGCAUUGGUUGGGAUGACAAUGUCUCUAGGAUUAUUCUAUUUUGGUCUUCGAGACACGACUGCUACUUACUCUGUCAACUUCCUCAACUUAAUCCCUAUUUGCACUUUCUUGAUCUCUAUCAUGCUCAGAAUAGAGAAUCUAAAGAUUGAAACAUUGAGUGGUAAAGCCAAGUGUCUCGGGACAAUUGCGUGUGUUGGUGGAGCAUUAGCUACAAGUCUUUACAAAGGAAAGGAAUUUUAUAUUGGUCAACAUCACAAUCACUAUGUUGAUAAGAUUGUGACUGCAACACACAAAACUCACAUGCUUCAUGGGACUUUCUUUUUAAUUGGAUCGUGUUGUUCUUACACAACAUGGUUUAUCAUGCAAGUUAAGUUGGUUAAAGUAUUUCCAUUGAGAUAUUGGGGAACAAUGCUAUCGUGCAUUAUGGCUGCAAUUCAAUCAGCAGUAAUAGGUGUAUUCAUAAAUUCUAGUAAAGAAUCUUGGAGGUUAGAGUGGAAUCUACAACUUAUUACUAUACUUUAUUCGGGAGUAUUGGCUACUGCUGCUACAUUUUGUUUACUAUCAUGGGCAAUUACUAUUAAGGGACCUACUUAUCCUUCAAUGUUCAAUCCUCUUACUCUAGUUUUUGUUGCAAUAUUAGAGGCUAUUGUACUUGGCGAACCACUAAGAGUUGGAACGUUGUUGGGCAUGAUUUUGAUUAUUCUAGGAUUGUAUUACUUUUUAUGGGGCAAAAGGAAUGAAAUGCCACAUAUGUCUCAAACAAAUGUAGCAGCUUCUGAGUUAUCAAUAAGCAUGACUGAUGAUGCUACUGUGCAUAAAUCAACAACAACAAUAGCAUCGAGUUCUUCACCUUAUGAGAGUAUACCGUGAUUUUUUUUAAUCUAUUCAUAACUGCAUGCAUUGUAUGGUGAAUAUGAAGAAGUAGACUAUUAUCGUACUUUAAAAUGAUAAAAUUGUUCAAAUUUAAUAAUGUUAUUUUUAUUUUCAUUCGAGAUUGUUCCUUGUAAGUUGAAAUUGACUAUCAUAUAAAAAGUACAUAUAUUAAGUAA